AAGGUGUUGACGUCACCUCUUUCCAGUAGAAACUUACACUUUGUCCCUGUCUGCCUGCAAGCAUGCAGGACUUGACUCAGGAAUUUGCUGUCCAAACAGGAUGCUCUGGAAGCUGCACUUUUUUUUUUCCCAGGGGGCUGGCCCUCGGUGCUUUAUAAGUGCGGACUCAAGAAGGAAACGGCAGCCUCUCGGAAAAGAAUCUCACUUGGGGCUUGACUGCGUGGGUCUCUAGCGCUUUCGCUGUAAGAAAGCAAGAUGCAUUUUAGAAACUUUAACUACAGUUUUAGCUCCCUGAUUGCCUGUGUGGCAAACAGUGAUAUCUUCAGCGAAAGUGAAACCAGGGCCAAAUUUGAGUCCCUUUUUAGGACAUAUGACAAGGACAUCACCUUUCAGUAUUUUAAGAGCUUCAAACGAGUCAGAAUAAACUUCAGCAACCCCUUCUCGGCAGCAGAUGCCAGACUCCAGCUGCAUAAGACUGAGUUUCUUGGAAAGGAAAUGAAGUUAUAUUUUGCUCAGACAUUACACAUAGGAAGCCCACACUUGGCUCCACCAAAUCCAGACAAGCAGUUUCUGAUCUCUCCUCCUGCCUCUCCGCCAGUUGGUUGGAAACAAGUGGAAGAUGCUACUCCAGUCAUAAACUAUGAUCUUUUAUACGCUAUCUCCAAGCUGGGGCCAGGAGAAAAGUAUGAAUUGCAUGCAGCGACCGACACUACUCCCAGUGUGGUGGUCCAUGUAUGCGAGAGUGAUCAAGAGAAGGAGGAAGAAGAGGAGAUGGAGAGAAUGAAGAGACCCAAGCCAAAAAUUAUCCAGACAAGAAGGCCGGAGUACACACCUAUCCAUCUCAGCUGAGCUGGCGCACGGAUGAGGAGGCAUUCCAAAUCAUACUCACGGGGAGAAAUCUUUUAAUGUGGAGGUGACCAGUCACGACUUUGGAGGUGGCAGCCGAGAUCGGGGUGGCAGAAAUCCCAGUUGAUGUUGCUCAGAAGAGAAUCAAGGCUUUGUCCCCUUGUUCUAAUGCUGCACACCAGUCAAUGUUCAUGGCACCCGGGAAUGUCUUGGGCCAAUCACUGAUUUAGUGGUGAUCGCACAAGGACAUUUGGGACCGUCUUGAGAAAACCGAUAACAAUAGUGUUUUGUACUUGUUCUUUUCUGGUAGGUUCUGCUUGUGCCAAGGGCAGGUUGAUUAAUGGGUCCAGGGAGAGCUUCCUGUUUCUAAUUGGCCUACAGGGCCGACACUCUACUGGUGGGAAGAGGCACCACACAAAGCCGCCUAGUGCAGAAAGGUUGUGAAAACAACAACAAUGCAAUGUGGAAAUUGUAGUGUUUCCUUUCUUCCCUCAUGUUCUAAUGUUUGUGCAUGUAUAUUACUGAUUUUCAAGACUAACCUUUGUUCGUAUAUAAAGUUCCACCAUUGUUGUUUGACAUCUUGGGAAGCUAGGAAAGCAUUUGGAAGAUGUAUAACCUUUCCUAAUCCUCGACUCUCUUUGCAACAGCACUCACAUGUAGAAUUCUUCCUGGAAUACAUCCACUCAGCAUCCUAUCCAGUGCAACAUGUCACUUGUGUUUUUGCAAAAGAAGUUGAUCUGAAAUCCUUAUGUAGAGUUUAGUUUCUACAAUUCGGAGAAUAGCAGUUUCACUGCCAACUUUUAGUGGGUGAGAAAUUUUAGUUUAGAUGUUUCCGUUAUUUCUUUUACAUGGUGGUUUAUCUACAUGAAACAUAGCCAAAAAUCUUUUGGGGAGCUGUUGGUUGAGAUUGUUGAUUUUUCACCCCACUAAAACAUCCAGAGUAACUUGUAAAUAAAGCUGAUAGCAUAUACUCAUACGGCUGUGGAAGACUAGUGUAAGAAGUAUUAGCCUACCUGUGAAUCGUAUGUUGUAGAAAAUGCUGUUCACAUGUUUAACGGGACUUGAAUUCAAAGCAUGUCAAGUGGAUAGUAGAUCUGUGGUGAUACGAGAGGGAUGCAGUGCCUUUCCCCAUUAAUUCCUGAUGGAAUUGUUCUACUAGGUUACCAUUUGUAAUUUUUUUUCUAGUUGUAAUGUGUAUGUCUGGUAAAUAGGUAUUAUAUUUUGGCCUUACAAUACCAUAACAAAGUUUGUCAUUUGGAAAUUCCUAAUGCCAAGUAACAAUGCAUGUUUUGGAAGUUUGGAAGAUGGUUUUCCUUGAGAAGCAACAACUAUGUUUGCAUUAAAUUCUUUGAUUGUUCUUAUCAAGAAAUUGAUCGAAUGUUUUCAAACACUGUUUACAGUACUUGGUAGGAGGAAGCCUGGACAGGAGAGGCCAUUGCAUUGCUGUUCAAGUGUUUCUAGUUAAGUGCUUUUAAACUGGAGAGGCUAACCUCAAAGUAUUUUUUUUAACUGCAUUCUAUAAUAAAUCUGCAUAAUAUGCUCUUUACGG